CCUCAGAACCUUCAGUCAGAUUCAUUCAAUAGUCAAAGUCAUUCACACAAUGAUCAGCCUCAGAACCUUCAGUCAGAUUCAUUCAAUAGUCAAAGUCAUUCACACAAUGAUCAGCCUCAGAACCUUCAGUCAGAUUCAUUCAAUAGUCAAAGUCAUUCACACAAUGAUCAGCCUCAUAAUCUUCACAGACAAGCCAUACCUGGGUCCAAGAUGAACAUACAAGCCAUACCUGAGUCCAAGAUGCACAUACAAGCCAUACCUGAGUCCAAGAUACACAUACAAGCCAUACCUGAGUCCAAGAUGCACAUACAAGCCAUACCUGAGUCCAAGAUGCACAUACAAGCUGCCGAUUCACAUUAUCUUGAACCCGACCCAUGUCGUUGCGGUGGGGUUCAAAUCUCCAGUUCUCAAGAGGCAUUCACAGAUGGAACUUGUCAACGUCUUCAGGAAGAUGGCAAUCAAACAUCUGAUAUUAAGGCCCAAAGUAUGUGUGAAAAUACGGACAAUAUUUCGAUCAAAACAAAUACCGGUACAAGCGCGGAAGUGCAGCAAGAAAGAAAUGUUUCUCACGGUCGAUGGAGCAGCAGUGGAAACAAGUCGAGUGGAUUCGGGGAUAUGCAUUUUCUGAAAGAGAUCAUGGAUAUAAAGAUUGAUGAACUUAAUCACGUGACAAGUUCGAUAUUCAGCCCAAUAAGCGAUCAGGUCUCUCAACGUCAAAAGAGACCAGAUGGUCUCAUCCUCAGCCCAUUACGUUAUAAAUCCGUCUUAAAAUUACACAACACUAAGCACACUCAAAGACCACAAGUCUACACAUUGUCCAAGUCCGAGAAUGUGGAUCCGCUAUAUCUCCACAUUGAAAAAACAAAUCUAUGGACACAGCCAUCUUUAAAAACAAAACUACCAUGGCAACAUAACAAACACAUAUUAAAAGACGAUGUGGCGGCAAACCCAGGGCGACGUUUGGUUUCAUAUAGAAGAAAUGGAACUAAACGAACGGAUCCUGCUGAACCCUGUCAGUUACUCUAUCGACAUAGGGAUCCUGGUGAACCCUGUCAGUUACCCUAUCGACAUAGGGAUCCUGGUGAACCCUGUCAGUUACCCUAUCGACAUAGGGAUCCUGGUGAACCCUGUCAGUUACCCUAUCGACAUAGAAAUAAGCAAACAAGCUUUAAACGAUCAAACGUUAGACAUACAUCUUUCAGUAAGUCAGUAACAAAAGACCAUGAUUUUCCCAGAGGUCGAGAUGACCUGUUUAGUGACAAUUCCUCUCUUAGUGACAAUGAUAUUGAAGAUAAUGAAGAUGUCUGCCAAUCAGUAUCUAACACAGCCAAGGGUUCUCAGCACAGACACAAUAGAUGAAGAUGUCUGCCAAUCAGUAUCUAAUACAGCCAAGGGUUCUCAGCACA